AAACUACCGAAUUGCAUUUCAUACACCAUUCAAUUUCACUCCAUGCCAAAGGACUAUUUGUGAUGGACAAUGGAACAUUUCUCAAAUUAAUGGGUGCUAUAGUGGCCUACGUGGUCAUAUUUGUUCAGUUUUUCAAAAUGUUCUGAACUAUACAAUUACUUUUCAAUUCAAUUGUUACUGAGUCACAUUUUAUCAACCAUUCAAAUCAAUUCAAAAGUGGAGCCAAUCCAGUUCAUAUUGUCACACACGUCAAACGUCAAAUAUUUUGGGACAAAAGCCACGACCUGUCAAAACUGCCGACUGACAAGUGGAAACGUUUCUAAGCAUAAAAAUACAAGUUCAUUCGUGUUUUCGUUCAGAUCAAAAUCCAAAAAGAAAAACAAGCAAAAUGAAUGAGGAAUCUUCCGGUAAUCCGCCACCUUUUCAGAUAACAUUUAAAGAGGUAGUCGUUGUGCUAGCAGACUCAAAUGAAAUAUUGAUGAAUAAAUGUCUAAAUUGCAAUUUUGUGACGCGAAUCAAUUCGUUCUCCAAACUAGCCCAUUGGAGAAAUUGUCCAUCGAAAAUGUUAUUCAAGUACAUUAAUCAGAACUGUGGGAGAAGGGGCUAUACGGCAAUCUGUAUGGCUUGUCGUUCACGAAUUUCUGGCACAUCCAACUUCCAAAUGACACAGCAUAACAAAAAAUGUACGGCAUUAAAUCAAGACGCACAGAACACAACCGACAAUAUAAAUCACAACGAUUCACUCACUGAGUUUGACGAAACAGAAACAGCUGAUGGAAUCGAGUAUAUUUCCGAAAAUGCGGUGAGCCGACGUGAGAUGGAUGGACAACGGAAAUUGCAACUGAUCCAAUUGAAUCUUGGUGAUUUAGCUGAAGGUUUUAUGUUCAAAUAUUCAGCCGGACCAAAUGGACUGGUACGACUUGCCGAAUGCCAGCAAUGUAUGCAAAGGGUUCGGCGUCCGUUCAACGUUAAAUUAGCCAGACAUCGAAAAGUCUGUCCACUCAGGCGUGAAAUGCUAAUUAGCGUCUCCACUCAACCGACAUCAUCUCAAAGUAGUCUCUCGCUAUUCGACAUGACAAUCUCAAGUUCGAUCAUAGAUGACGACGGUGCCACCACAUCCGCCAUAGCCAGUGGUACAAUGCGUAUAUGCUUUAUUUGUAACACAACUUCCAGUCCAUCUUAUGUCAAUUUGUACGACACCAUAUCCGAACACUCGAAAACGCCAUUAUUCGACUUCGUGUGGAAGUUUCUGGAUGAUCAACCAACAGUUAGGGAUGAUUCAAUCGAUGGCGCCAAUUCUAAUUGGAGUAUGCUUUGUAUACGGUGCUUCAAUAAAAUCAAUCAAUAUGAUUGUGCGUGCGUGACAGCUGCUCGGCUUGAACAAGAGCUCCGUGACAAACUGUCACAAACGGAAGCAUUUUAUUCGGGGCAAAAUACAAUUGAUGAACCGAAUGAAGAACAAGAAAUAUUUGACAAUGGAUUGAAUGGAGGACAACAACAAGUCAAUGAACCAAACGAAACUGACCAAAGGGAUGAAGUAAUUUAUGAAGCAGAUGACGAUCCACUCAAUGUUCCAAUCAAUUUGGACAGUCCACCACCAAUUCAAAUGGAAACAAAUGACCAACAGCAAAAUGAAGAGGCUAGCGAUGAAACACGAUGUGUCAUUGAACUAAGUGACGAAGAAGAACAAGCCAUCGAAUUGAGCGACGACGAAUGAUGGCAACAAAUUAAACAACUAGUUUUAACAACUUAUUUUCAUCACAAUACUACUUUAAGGACGUAUCUCAUUAUUCCUUUCAUUUUUACAACACAGAAAAUGUAUUUUCUCUAUAUAUAACGUUAAGCUACUUUGACCUAUAAAUUUUUGACAAAAUUAGACUUUUUCUGUUUCAACUCAUCAAUACAUUGUUAUUAUGUUGAAAAACAUAUUCAUCCUCAACUCGUUGACAAUUGUUAAUCUUCCCGUAAAAAGAGAAUAAUUUUGAAUAAAAUGAAUUUUGAGGCAAUUUGUUUUCUCUAUCAACAAGAAAAUCAUGUAAAAAAAUACAAGCACGUGAAACAACAACAAUUUGGGACAAACGGUUAACUGUCAAAUGUGCCGCACAACAAGUGGAACGUUUCACAAACGUUGCACACUACAUUGAGCCGGUUUCAUCGUUCUAUUUUUUGUCUCUCUCUCAUUGCGUUUUAUUUCCAAAAAUGUAUUCUCGAAAUCAAUUAUCACCAGAUUUGAUCCAAGUAAACCAAUCGUUUGAACAAGUUAUUGUCGAUCUGGACGAUGGCAAUCAGUUUUUGAUGUUCAAGUGUAAAUGUGGGUUUAUUGUUCGCAAUAACAUGCUCACCAAACAGGCACACUGGAAACGAUGCCCGUCGAAGUUUUCAUUCCGAUAUCUCAGUCAGAAUGAGAGCGCAGGAGGUUGCGUUAUUAUUUGCACCAUGUGCAGCAUCAAAUUCAUGUCGCCCGACAUUAUUACAAUGAGAACACAUUCGCAAAAAUGCACAAGAAUAGCACAUCAGCCAACAAAUUCGAUGCCGUACACAUUCAGCAGUUCAUACACGGGCAGCAACAGCCGGUUCGACACGAAUCAAACAUCAAAUGCUGUCAAAAACAUCCAUGAGAACGCGGUCAGUCGGAAGGAAAUUGAUGCUCAACGAAAAGUGCUGAUGGCAAAAAAUGGAAAGAUUCCGAUACCAGGUUUCCGAAUCAAAUAUGUUUCAAACGAAAAUGGCCCCGAGCGAUACAGCGAAUGUCUCAUAUGCAAGACAUUAUUCAGAAAGCCAACGAAUUGCACACUGAAGGCUCAUCGGGCAAUGUGCUUAUAUCCAUCCAAUGUACUGAUGAGCGUUUCGACACAACCAAUGGUGCCAUUUCCAUUCACAUCUCUAUCAUCGACACCUCAUUCAUUGAACGCUCAUCAGCACUCACCAUUUCAUCCGAUGAACACUCAUUCGAUGGUAGCUCAGCCAAGACCAUCUGAUUCCAUGCCAUUACCGCCAAUGUCUCAUGUCUCAUCUCAUCAAAUGCCAUCUUAUCAAAUGCCGUCCCAUCAAAUGCCGUCUCAUACGAUGGUUUCACAAUCACCGGAUUCGCAACCAUUCGAUUUGACGAUCACCAGUUCCAUCCAGGGUGAUGGCAUGUCAAGAUUCACGAUUAAGGAAAACAUUUCCAGAUUUACUCCGCGCUCUCCGAUCAAAAUGUGUUUCAUCUGCAACACAGCAACCAGCGAAUCGUUUGUGAGCCUAUACCGUACAAUGUCGAUGCAUUCCAACACAAAAAUCUAUGAUUUUGUUUGGCAAUUUUUGAACGAUCAACCCUCGGUGCGUGACAGCUCAGCUGCGGCGGCCAAUUCGAAUUGGAGCCUAGUGUGUGCUGAAUGUCUUGAUAUGAUUAAUGAAUACGAUUAUGCUCGUGUCACAGCCGCCAAAUUUGAGAAUUGUCUUCGUGACAAACUCUCUCGAACCGAAAUGUACCAUGUGAACCGACGAGAUAAUGUGGCAAUACCCUUGGAAAGCCCAAUAACCAGUGCUCAACGUGAAAGUGAGAAGCAAAAGCAGCUGCAAGGGCACCAAUAUGCGGACAGGACACCACCAAACGAAGUCAAUACAACAGUACGAGAUGGUGGCGAAAGAUAUGCUGAUGAAUCGAAUGAUGCUGUGCAUUAUCUCGUUGAGCUGAGUGAUGAGGAGGACAAUGAAGUAGAAGAAGAAAUAGAAAAGGUGGAGACCAUCGAACUAAGCGACGAAGAAGAUGCCUGAACGGUUCAAGGUAUUUCAUUAUAAUUUUUUGAGGUUUCAUUGCUGUAAUUUGUCUGAUUUGUGUUCUGAUUGCAGAUUUUAACAAUAACAACAACAAAGUGCACGAAAAAAAUACCUGAAAAAAUUCAACCAUUAAAUGGACAACAAUUAACAUUCCAAUCAGUUUAUCAAAUAUUUUUGGUAAACAAAGAAUUUCCAAUAAAAAAAAAUAAACUCAACAAAUUGUUUGAGUUUGAAAAGAGACAACCGUUUUGCCUUUUGGUCAUCAUAACCACAAAUUGAUUGUUUUCUCAUAGAAUUGAUUAUAAUCAAAAACGAAAAAAAUUUAUUUGCUCCCUAGUAGUUAGUAACCACUACAAUAAAACCAUUUUUGAUCAUCUUUAUAAAAUAAAAUGAAUUGAAAAUUCAAAA